AUGGGUACACCUCUCAUGGGCAAAAUUUGGGAGGAGUACCCAGACAGCAUCGUAAACACAUUCAGUGUCCUGCCUUCGCCCAGGGUGUCAGACACAAUGGUGAAGCCCUACAAUGCCACUCUUUCCAUCAACCAGCUCAUAGAAAAUGCAGAUGAGACAUUAUGCAUUGAUAAUGAAGCACUCCAUAACAUCUGUUCCAGAACCUUAAAACUGACCACACCCACCUAUGGUGACCUGAAUCACCUGGUGUCUGCUACCAUGAGUGGGGUCACCAUGUGCUUGCACUUCCCGGGCCAGCUGAAUGCCAACCUGUCAAAGCUGCCUGUGAACAUGGUUCCAUUUCCUGGGCUGCACUUCUUUAUGCCUGGCUUUGCCUCACUGACCAGCCAGCAGUACCGGGCCCUGACUGUGGCUGAGCUCACUCAGCAGCUGUUUGACACUAAGAAUAUGAUGGCCAACUGUGACCCCCGACAUGGCCGCUACCUAACUGUGGCUGCCAUUUUCAGAGGUCACAUGUCCAUGAGGGAGGUGAAUGAGCAAAUGCUCAAUAUCCAGAACAACAGCCACUUUGUUGAGUGUCUCCCUCACAAUGUGAAAAGAGCCGUCUGUGACAUCCCACCCUGGGGGCUAAAAAUGUCGGCCACCUUCAUUGGUAACAACACAGUGGUCCAGGAGCUCUUCAAACACGAUGCCGAACAGUUUACAGCUAUGUUCAGGUGCAAGGCCUUCCUGCACUGGUACACGAGUGAAGGGGUGGAUGAGAUGGAGUUCACUGAGGCCAAGAGCAACCUUAACGACCUGGUGUCAGAAUAUCAGUAA